AUUUGAUGUGAAUAACUUCGAUUAAUUUUGUCUAGUUAAAGGCCUGUCUCAUAUUUUUUAAGUGAAAUAAUGGUAUAUUUUUAACCGAAGUCUUCAACAACAUAGAUGAAGUGACUUACGUAAGCAGACGUAUUUUUGUGGGCAUGUUUAUUUCUGAGAAAAUGAAAAUGAAAGCAUAAAGGUAAUCUCAUUUAUAAACAUGGCUUCGAAUUGGGACGAGUAUAACGGUGAGAGCAGAUAUCAGAAUUCAGACUCUGAGGAGAGCAGCACGAGUCUUAGUAGCACUGUCUCAGACUCUGGAACAGACUCAGAUUCUGGAAAUGAAGCCAGACAUAACACUGCCAAGGUUUGUAAGUAUUACAAUAAUGGCCACUGCCGAUAUGGAGACAAAUGUUGGGACCUGCACAUUUGCAUACACCACUCAAAAGGCAUUUGUCGCUAUGGUGCUGGGUGUCGCCUCAACCAUAAACAGAGUUCAUCUUCAUCACCUAGACAAAGUGAACGUCCAGGGAGGAAAAGUCAUCGAAGACAGCGGAGAAGGAGCCGAAGUCCCUCACCUGUUGAAAGUGAUGGAGACAGUGACAGGCCCUACAGGUGGCAGCUGGCUUUGGAAACAGGCUGGAUGGACAUUGCCCAUGAUUAUGUUCUAGAAGCCCAAUAUUCAUGCCCCAACACCAAAGGAAUCAAACUCUAUAACACUUGUUUUGGGGCUAUUUCAAUUGAUUUCACUAAGAUGAGAGUUCUAAAGAAAUCUAAUAUCAAAGUCCGCCGUAAAGGUUCACGUCAGACAGAGUGGCUCUGGUGGUACCGAGGUGACCAAAGCUGGUGUAGUUAUGGAGAGAAGGGUUCUAAGGGCAAAGCCAGUCCACUUCAGAGCUCAAAACUAGAGCGAGAGUACCAAAAGGACCGUAAAGGUUCUGUUCAGUUCAACAUUGACUCCACCACCUAUGAAGUUAACUUCAGAGGAAUGGUUCAGAAAAAUUUAUCAACUGGCCACAUCAGACGGGUUAGACGACGCCCUAAAUAUGAACCUCAAAGUGAAGUUGGAUUAUCCUCGAAGUUCAAGAACUUAAUGGCUCCUCCAAAUAAAGUUCACAUGUGGCAGUUUGAAGGGAGAAGUGGUGGAAACUGGCACACCUUCAAAAAGAGUGGAUGUUCAGUUUCUAGUGCUGACAUUGAGAGAUGCUACCAACAGCAACAAAAAAGCAUGACCUUCACUGUGAAUGAUGACACUUACGUACUGGAUUUUUCAAGGAUGAAUCAAGUCAACCAGAGGACAAAUGCCAAACGCAAUGUCCGGCGUGUGUAACAAUCAUCAUUGUCUUGCAGGAGAUUUUGGCUGACGCUCAAGAUCCAAACAGCAAAUACUUGGCCAAUAUGUGUUGGAAGGAAUUUGAUGUUAUUUACUUAGUGAUUUUAAUGUUUCAAUUUUUUUAUUUCCAUAACCGUCAUGUUUUGAAAGCUGCCUGUGGAAUCAUUAUUCAAUUAUAUUAAACACUGUCAAACAAUAUACUAUAUAUAUAGGGGAGACCGGGGCUAGUUGUCAAACGUUUUACUCCAGUGAAUAUUUUUUUGUUUUUGAAAGUCUAUUUCUGUCUGUCUGUGUGUCUGUGUGUGUGUUUACUUAUGAAUCUGCCAAGAUAAUUUUGCAAUGCAUAUUAAACUGCCUGUUGUGUUAAUUUGCAAUCAUAUUAUCUAAAUAUCAUAUGAACCAGUGUAUACACUGCUGAUUGUGUAUACUGAAUGUUUCCAGUUUGUUUUAUUUUCUAUGCAUAGUGUUUCAGUUUUAACCUGUUCACAAACUUGUUGUCAGGAUCAAUUAAAACAUCCAGUCAGAGAUAGCCUGCACAACAUGAUCCUGUGUGAAUUUAAAAUAUGCAAACUUUGGACACUCGUGCAAUGAAAUAAUAUUACAUAUAAUGACAGAGUUAUAGUGAGACAACUGCUUAAAACUGUUUUAUGGUUUAUUGAUGCCUUGCUUUAUAUAUGUUACUUGAUAUAAAUAAAAUAAAAUCAUAA